AAGUGAGUGACGCGGAUAAUGAUGAGUCGCGCUGCGCUGACGUUGCUGUAAAAACGUCAGGGCAGCGCGAUCUCCGGCGGCGGCAAGUUGUGGUGCAGGUGCUGGGCUGCGGGGCGCAUUCCCUGAGAUAUAAAGCGCGGUUACCCCGGACGCCUGUCAGGUAGCACACCGAUGUGCAUCGUAUGAACUAUGUCCAAUAACAAACAUGGGAAAGACAGUUCUCCAUCAUCUGGAAAUUACCUGUUGGAUAAUUUACAAAUCUCCUGUCAAAAAGUACUUGAAUUGGCACAAAGGAAAGGGAGGUCAAAGUGUCCAAAGUGUAACAGCUCCAGAAUGUUCUAUUGCUACACUUGCUAUGUACCCGUGGAGAGUGUGCCCAUAGGCGAUAUACCAUCUGUAAAACUUCCUCUGAAAAUUGAGAUCAUUAAACACCCUAAUGAAACAGAUGGGAAAAGCACUGCUGUACAUGCAAAAAUUCUUGCAAAUGAGGACGUUACUAUAUAUACUUAUCCCUGUAUUCCAGAUUAUGACAAGCACAAGCAUGACAUUAUUCUGGUUUUUCCUGGUCCACAUGCGAUGCCUCUCAAAGACAGCCUUCUGUAUCUCAGUCACUGUAAUACUCACAACGAGGACUCUACUUCUGAACCGACUAUCAAACGUAAAAAAAUAGAAGCUGAUAGUAAUGGCAGUGAGAACAAAGACCUGAAGACUGAGGACAAAAAUCUAAAGAUAGAUUGUUUGAAGAAAGUUGUGUUUAUUGACAGUACAUGGAAUCAGACAAACAAAAUCAUGUCCGAUGAACGACUUCAAGGACUGGUGAGUGUCGAAUUGACAGAACGAAAAACGUGCUUUUGGCGGCAUCAUAAAGGAUCACCUGACACUUACCUUUCAACAAUAGAGGCUAUUUACUACUUCAUGGUGGACUAUCACAUGCAAAUCUUAGAGAAGAACUAUGAUGGUGAAUAUGAUAACCUUCUCUUCUUCUACUCCUUCAUGUACAGACUCGUCAAAAAUGCCAAGCACGCCGCUGGAAAGCUGUAGCACGUUUAUUUGAAGACUAAUUAAGGACUUUUGCUUAAGCUGAAGAGUCAUAUAAUAACCAAAUCUCGAUUUGGAAGCAUUGCAUAUUUGUCUUUUUUCGUAUGUGCAUUGCCAAUUCAGUCCAGUAGGAAUAUGGAAAAUUCCAAUGGAAACAAAGAUUACCAAGAUAAAUCCUAUGAUUUUUGUAUCAACAAUAAAACCAUAUUUCUCAUA